GAUACCUUUUCGGCCGUACGCAAGAUCGCCUUAAUUUGGCUGAAACGCACGAGAGGCAACCCUGCGCUCGAAAGCACAGAUUCGAAAAUCUCACACCUGGCAACACCAAUACUCCCAAUCCAGCGCUCUCACGAUCGAGCGAUCGAACAAAGCGAUCCGCUGAAGGUAGAAAACCCGCCAUUCGAUUGCUGCUGUCCUCCCAAGUAGUCGCCGCAUUGUUUAAUACCGGCAAAAGUGCAGUUCUGUUUAACACCAUUCGGCGACAAAAGAUCCAUUAUAGGCCUAAGUGGUAAUUUCGGAUGUCGGUGAGCCAUUGUGGAAUCCACGGAAGACCCGGCUGUCCCGAUAACCAGAGGUCAUUAGAGCUACGAGAGCAAGUCGCCAUUGCCACUGCGCCACACUUUAUCUAGUGCAGAAACUCGGCUACGACGGAGACAGCAGCAACGAUUGAAGGCAACGAUCGUAGAAAUCGCCACCUCGCACCUCGCCACGAUCAGCCAAGAAAGCACCCACAAAAGGCUCUCUACGGAGGGCCUUUUAUAUCGAUCGUCACACCCUCACGUCACAUCACGCUGAAGAUUGCAUCGUUCGCCGUCCACUGAUCUCUCUCGGACGAGCACAGUGCAGCGUAAUCGUUCGACGAAGCGGGGAAUGCUGUUACCGCCGUACCAACUUGGUCGCCCUCGUCGUCGUCAAACCAACCUAACGCCGUUGUCCACAGCAGAGUGUGAUAGGCCUCACGCGCAGCCGGGAUUGUAGCCGACACGGAGUUACUGGCUGACAACGGCCAAAAGCGUGAGUGAUCGUAAGGAGAUUGGUGCCUGUCAGCGGGCAAAUGAAGCAAGGAGAUAGAUUGCCAACCGGUGAUCUGAAAGCGUAUCAUCGCUAGCUAAAGCGCUCGAAUUGCGCGUUCUGAAUACCGUCGUCCAUCCAUCGCAUCGAAACGGGGCCCCAUGAACGAAUCGUCAUCGGUACGGACCGAUGAACACCGGCAGCAUCCGAUCGAGGGACAUGAGGUAGGGUAGUCAUAAGGCCUGAUGCGUAGAAUAUAAUAUUUUGAAAAUGAAGCAUUUUGAGAGUUGCUAAUUUAUCGAUCAGCCCUGAUCAUCUUUUUAUGCGAGUGGAGUCUUUUUGGGUUUCUUUCCGAUAUUCUUGCAUUUUCGGUAAUGUUGGCGCCCAACUUAAAAACCCACUUGUUUUUCUAUCGAAUUCCGCUGUCAAAACGUGAUUCGUCUCGGUAAGUGAGUUGAGUGAGAAGUGAGUUAAGUGACGUGCAUGUGUAAUAUGGAAGUGCAAUACCUAUUGGAGGAGGAGCUGGAGUUUGAGCUGAAAUUGAGAGGAGUGAAGAACCCAUCGAAUCUACAACAUGAGGAGCAGAUCACGCAACUGCAACAAUUAAUUGAAAAGGAGAUCAAAAACCAGAAUGCCCCAUCAACAGCAUCGCACAUCAUCUCCGAUGUGGACCACAUAUACCAGUGCCAAGCAAAACUCAAUCCGCUAUUCAAGGCUAUCGAGCAAGCAUUGCGUCAAGGUACGGUGGAAGAAAUCAAGAUGAACCGAUCCAGGUUGAAUCACUACCGAUGGAGACUCAGCUUGAUCACUGACUCCCUAAUCACAGCAAACGCAAACAAGUCCAUCGCCAGAAUUGAAUCUUACCUAAUCAGGGCAGAUGAGAUUCUAAGACGAAACACCCCAGGCGACAAGGAUAUUCUCCCAUCGGACCUACGAGAGCUCAACCGUAUAAAGAAUAACGAAACAACGGAGUCAGAGGUACACGAAGGUGCAACAGCCUCCGUAGAGAACGGAGAGCCUCAUAAUCUGCAGCUACAGAUACAAGAGACUCAAGCACAACUGGCAAGGCAGCAGGAGCAAUUGGACCGCAUCAUCAACAUGCUAUCAACUGCCAAUGUAGCAGGUUCGCCAAAAUCAGCACGUUCGACCCCACAAUCAACGGGAGCAGUUCAUCGGCAGUUUCCCAGAAACACGUCCUCACCCGAGCACCAGAGAACACGACCGCCUGCUCCCAACGUCAUGCCAAAUAUGGAUAACCAACAGGGCUUCGUAGAUCAAGGAAUGCCGCCAAAUCUGGUCAAUGAGAUGUUCCGCUUCUUCGUCAAUCAAAACUCCCAGAACAGAGGACAACCCGCGUCACCGAAUCAAAACCAGUUCACACAAAGAUGUUCUCAGCCGGUACACAAAUGGCCAUUCCAGUAUUCCGGCUCAGCGAACACCAUUCAGCUUGGAGAAUUUCUUAGUCAGGUCCAUACGUAUGCCGACACCGAAGGAGUCGACGAAAGGACGCUCGUACGGUCUAUAAAACAUCUUUUGAAGGGCCGUGCCUUGCAAUGGUACAGCAGAACGUAUCAAUCCUUCCGAACAUGGAAUGACUUCAAAACACUGAUCAAACGGGAGUUCCUUCCACCCAACUAUUCCGAAAUCAUCAAGCAAGACCUAUAUCUUCGCUUCCAGGGUCCUACCGAGACAUUCUCGAACUUCUAUAGGGACUUAUUGGCAGUUUUCGAGAUUGUGGAGCCUCCAAUGCUGGAAACGGAAAAGUUGUUCAUUUUGAAAUCGCAUCUCAACACGGACUUCAUCCCAAUCGCCACAGCCUCCCGAGCCGAAACAGUAGAGGACCUGGUCACCGUAUGUAGAGACUUCGAAGUUUCUCGAUCAUACUCCAUGCGUAAUCGGAGCAGUACGGGUGCACGACCAACUUCAACAAAAAACGAAAACUUCCAACAACCGCGAUCUUCGUACCCAUCUCUUGGACAGCCUCAACCCAACAUUCGAACUAAUUUUGGACGUCAACAAGUCAACUUGGUAUCCGAAGAUAUUCCCCCUCAAACAGGAGAUUUUAUUCCGACCAGCGUACAACGAGAAAUAGACCAUCUAGAGCUUGCACUCCACGAACAGGAUCCAGCCAACUCAGUAGAAGAAGUGAAUGCUUUGCAAUCUCAAACAAACUGGAACAGACCCGUCUCAGGCAGGACUCAAACAAACAACAUUUCCAACAACCAAGGCAACCAGUCGAACCCGGUAGCCUGCUGGCAAUGUGAAAUGCCGGGACACACAUAUCCCAACUGCCCCAAUCCGAAAACAUUCUUAUUUUGUUUCACAUGUGGCAAAAAAGGAUGCACGACACGUAGCUGCGACAGUUGCGUAUCCAGGUGGAGACAACUCACGUCCGAAAUCACCAGAAUGCCAUCGGGAAACGCCGGCCGGGAGUCUUCUCGGUAGAAGGCGAGAAU